AUGUCGAAUGAACAGCAGAACACACUCAACAGAAGACCCUCAAUACACUCCUCCUCCGCAAGGAACCGCCUCUCCCGCCAAUUCUCUACUCUCGAGAUCGAAGUCGAGUACAUCAGCACAAACCAACUGACUCAGUCCCUAACAACAGAAUCACCAGCCCCACCUCGUAACAGUCAUGCUCGCGACUCUUCUCAUCCCGACCUCAAUAGAGUUAUCGAAGAGGAAGAGGAAGAGGAGGAAGAAGAGGAAGAAGGGAACAACAUCACAACACCCAAAGGCGACAAUGGCACGGAAACAGGCGCAGGAGUUGGCGUUGGAUCCUACUCUCCUAACGCCGGUCUCCUCUCUCGCCAAUAUCCAGCCACCAUGCCUCGCCCACGCACCUUUCGCCCCUCUUCACAACUCUACUUUCAGCAACAACAACAGCAACCAUGGCUACCACACCACUUCUCGGAUCAAUCAGUAAGGCACGAGCCUACCUCUCGUCGCUCCACCCCUUCCAGUCAUUCAAGCCGUUAUGGCACGAGCGGGUCUGGUCAUGUUGUCGGAGGACACAGUGUCCACACCUCCGUUUCACACAGCGAGUACAUCCAGUCGUCGCAAAUACUUCAUGACGAAACGCCUGCAUUGUCCUCGUCAGGUUCUCAGACGGAUGACGACGACGACGAAGUUCAUUCGCCGGUUGAAUGUCUCGAGGUACUGGACGACGAUGGCGAGGAUGACGUCGAAGGGGAGGAAGGUCGUGCUCUUGCUGGCAGACAAAGCGAACACGUUGACCAUCGUCCGCCAGAGGUCGAGACGGAGACACCAGAGGUCCUCAAACGAGAACGUACCCGUAUUCUGGAGCGAACCGUUGUCAACAGCUACCGCCAGAUCGACUUUGCUGACAUUUCCAACAUCCAACGGCUGAAGCGAGGCGGAUACGGCGAGAUCCACACCGCCGAAUGGUCUCGCCUCUCUGUUGUCCUCAAGCGUUCUCUGCCUGGCAAUGCUAAAGGAGCGGAGGAAUUCGAACACGAGUUGGAAAUCCUGAAGCGGGUUCACGACUAUGACUUUAUUGUCCCCUUUUACGGAGUUACCAUCGAUCCAGUCGACAAUGUCCGGUGUAUUGUCAUGAAGCAUUGCACACUCGGCAACCUAGUCACUUUUCUGGAAAAUAACCACGAUAGCCUGACCUGGUCAGAACGCUACCGCAUCUCGAUCGAGAUCACCAAGGGACUCGAGUUCUUGCACAAGUCAGGUUUCCACCACCGCGACCUCCACAGUGGCAAUAUCCUUCUCGACGACAAAAAGACUGCCAUGAUAUGUGACUUUGGGUUGAGUCGGGAGUCGGACAAGGGACAAACAAGUGACCUCGGAGCAACCGUCGGUGUGGCACCUUUCCUGGCACCAGAGAGGUUUCCCCUCAGGAGACCUGUGUACACAGCCUCCUGCGAUAUUUACAGUUUGGGCGUCAUCUUUUGGCACAUCUCUUCGGGAAAAAUUCCGUUUGUGAAGCGGUUACGGGACCCACGGCUUCUUCAGGAAUUGAGAGAUGGACACCGCGAACAGCUGGUUGAGGGCACACCGUGGGAGUUCCAGGAGUUGAUUGUCAAGUGCUGGGACAAGGAGCCGACACUGCGACUCCAAAUUGAUGUCGUUAUUGGAGUCUUGCAGACCCUGAUCGCUAAGCCGGCUGUACCUCUGCCACAUCACCCACGAGGCUUUGUUGUCCCUAGCGACAGCAACUCUGCCGCUUUGCCUGUCCCUCCAGAGCUGGAUGCACGCAUGGCGAGUCUGGAGAGGGCUUCGAGUACACUCAACAAGAUGGUCUUUGAUAUCCAGGAUCCCAUGAUGAAGGACACCGUGAACUUUAUUGAGCAUUCAAGGGAAGCAUUCAGGAAUCGAGGACAACCAGUGCGGCCCUACUCACCAUCAAACCCACCCAGUACACCUAUUUAUCUCUGUCCACUUGUCGGAGACCUGGCAGGAUUCCAGUACUAUCUCUCACGGAGCGGGCCGGAUCACAACCCCAUUAACGAAUCCAGCCCGCAGACCGGCGACACGGCACUUCACCUGGCUUGUCUCUUUCUAGAGUCGCCCAUAGCGACGAUAAGGGUGCUUGUCGAACUGGGCGCAGAUAUCAAUCUGGAAAACUUGCAGGGCUAUACACCCGUGACAAUCCUUGUCUCCUCCAAUACCCAGCACUGCUACGAGGCGCUCAAGUUCUUUGUCAUGCGUGGAGCACGCAUCCCAGCUUAUAUCCGCAACCCGAUCACUCCCCUCAACAGCGCGCAACUCUAUGCGCUCAAUGUUGUGAAUGAGUCCCGGCAGAUUGCUUAUCAGGAUGAUAAUAACCCAGCGAUGUCGCAUGCGCAGCAGCAGCAACAAUUACUACAGCAACAACAACAACAACAACAACAACAACAACAACAACAACAACAGCUGCAGCUGCAGCAGGGCAACCGCCGAUUCUCGCGCCAGAAGCUGUCGAACCAGAACCAGAAUGUAUACCAGGAGCGGGGAGGACGAAGAGUUGACCGGAUGAUUGCUCAAGGACGUCCGUUGAUCCAUGUUGUGGCAGCAAUGCAGGAGGAUUACUGGAUCUUGGACUGUCUUUGUGAAGCGGGAUUGGACCCAGCCAUGUCGUUUGGUGGUGAGACGGCAUUGGUGGCGGCGGCGGCGCAUUUGAGGAUCAAGAACGUCGAGUGGCUGCUUAACCAUGAUCUGGACAUUAGUUCUGAGGCCGGAGUUCAGCGCGCUAUCCGGGUUGUCAAACUAUUGCAUCAGUCGGGUUCGGCUGGUCGAAUGGGAGGAGGUCAUGGACGGUCUGCCAGUGCCUCGGCUGCGGCAGUAUUGGGCGGUGAUGGUGGUCGAGGUUCGAACGACUAUCAUCUCCCGUACAGCUCUGCGUCCAAGGAGUAUCUGGAGAACAUUAGCGAUCUGGGCAAGUACAGCUGGGCGGGUGUCGCGUAUGGAGAGGCGGACCGGAUCAGCAAGGAUAUGGUCAAGCCUAUGCUCAGUCUAUUGGAGCAGUGGACUGGUAAUCGUCGUAUCGAGAACCGGAAGGAGGUUGCUACAAAGUUGAAGGUCAUGUAUGGAGCCACCAUGGAUCCGUUUGCCGUUGACCAGGGUGGAACUCCCAUGGCGUCGUCUGUCUCGUUGGCCAGCACCAACAGUGCCAGCAGUGCUGGUAGUCAAGGACUUCCUUACCCCUACCAGUUCCAACAUCAGUACCAUCAACAACAGCAACAGCAACAGCAGCAGCAACAACAACAACAACAACAACAACAACAACAACAACAACACCGGAUGAGCAUGCAGCAGUCCGCGUCACCUAGUGGAACUUUGCGCGGAUCGAAAUCACUCCGCAAGAACCAACGGCAUCUGAUUGACCAGGCCUUGAGCGAGCGGCCAGGACGCUUUUGGUAG